AUGCCGAAAAACAGCAAAGUGACGCAGCGGGAGCACAGCAGCGAGCAUGUCACCGAGUCAGUGGCCGACCUGCUGGCUCACGAGGAGCCCGUGGACUACAAACGCAGCGUCCUCAACGUGACGGGGGAGGCUUGGGACAAGCAGAAGGAUGGGGAGGAGGAGCUGGAUGCGGAGAACCGGCCGGCGUGGAACAGCAAGCUGCAGUACAUCCUGGCGCAGAUUGGCUACUCCGUGGGGCUGGGCAACGUCUGGCGCUUCCCUUACCUGUGCCAAAAGAAUGGAGGAGGUGCUUACCUGGUCCCAUACCUGGUCCUGCUCGUCAUCAUUGGGCUCCCGCUGUUCUUCCUGGAGCUGGCAGUGGGGCAGCGGAUCCGCCGGGGCAGCAUCGGCGUCUGGAAUUACAUCUGUCCCCGCCUCGGUGGCAUCGGCUACGCCAGCUGCCUGGUCUGCUUUUUUGUCGGUCUCUAUUACAACGUCAUCAUCGGUUGGAGCAUCUUUUACUUCUUCAAGUCCUUCCAGUACCCUCUUCCCUGGAGCGAGUGCCCCAUUGUCAGGAAUGGCUCCGUGGCCGUUGUGGACACUGAAUGUGAGAGGAGCUCGGCCACCACCUACUUCUGGUACCGGGAGGCCCUGGACAUCUCCAACUCCAUCUCAGAGAGUGGGGGACUCAACUGGAAGAUGACCCUCUGUCUGCUGGUGGCCUGGAGUCUUGUUGGCUUGGCCAUGAUCAAAGGCAUCCAGUCCUCGGGGAAGGUGAUGUAUUUCAGCUCGCUCUUCCCCUACGUGGUGCUGGUUUGCUUCCUGGUGCGGGGCCUCCUGCUGCGCGGGGCAGUGGAUGGGAUCAUGCACAUGUUCACCCCUAAGCUGGACAAGAUGCUGGACCCCCAGGUGUGGCGGGAGGCAGCCACGCAGGUGUUCUUUGCCUUGGGAUUGGGCUUCGGGGGGGUCAUCGCCUUCUCCAGCUACAACAAGCAGGACAACAACUGCCACUUCGAUGCCACACUCGUCUCCUUCAUCAACUUCUUCACAUCCGUCCUGGCCACCCUGGUUGUGUUCGCUGUGCUGGGCUUCAAGGCCAACAUCAUGAAUGAGAAAUGCGUGGUGGAGAAUGCUGAGAAGAUCUUGGGAUACCUGAACACCAACGUGCUCAGCCACGACCUCAUCCCGCCCCAUGUGAACUUCUCCCACUUGACAGCCAAGGACUACAACGAGAUGUACAGGGUGAUCAUGACGGUGAAAGAGGGGCACUUCAAAGAGCUGGGCUUGGACGCGUGUCUGCUGGAGGAUGAGCUCGACAAGUCAGUGCAAGGAACUGGCCUGGCCUUCAUCGCCUUCACAGAAGCCAUGACCCACUUCCCAGCCUCACCGUUUUGGUCUGUCAUGUUCUUCUUGAUGCUGAUAAACCUGGGGCUGGGCAGCAUGAUUGGGACCAUGUCAGGCAUCACCACACCCAUCAUCGACACCUUCAAGGUGCGGAAGGAAGUGUUCACAGUUGGUUGCUGCAUCUUCGCCUUCGUGGUGGGCCUGAUCUUCGUGCAGCGCUCUGGGAACUACUUUGUCACCAUGUUUGAUGAUUACUCAGCCACGCUGCCGCUCACCGUGGUGGUCAUCCUGGAGAACAUCGCUGUGGCCUGGAUUUAUGGCACUAAGAAGUUCAUGCAGGAACUGACGGAGAUGCUGGGUUUUCGGCCCUAUCAGUUCUACUACUACACCUGGAAGUACGUCUCUCCCAUCUGCAUGGCCGUGCUCAUGACCGCCAGCAUCAUCCAGCUGGGAGUCAGCCCCCCGGGCUACAGUGCAUGGAUCAGAGAGGAGGCUGCGGAGAAGUUCCUUUUUUACCCAACUUGGGCCAUGGCCAUCCUCAUCUCCCUGAUCAUCCUGGCCUCCCUCCCUCUGCCUCUGGUCUUCAUCCUCCGGCAGUUCCACCUGGUGUCAGACGGCUCCAACACCCUCUCGGUCACCUACAAGAAGGGCCGGAUGAUGAAGGACAUCUCCAACUUGGAAGACAACGAUGAGACGCGCUUCAUCCUGAGCAAGGUGCCGAGCGAGACCCCGUCCCCCAUGCCCACGCACCGUUCCUACCUGGGUCCUGGGAGCAACUCCCCAAUGGAGAUGAGCAGCGCGCCCAACGGACGCUAUGGGAGCGGGUACCUAACGGCCGGCACCCCCGAGUCCGAACUGUGAUGGUUGGCAGCCGGCCACCCCCUGGGAGAGGAGAGGAGAGGAGAGGUCGCUGGGGAGUGGAUCCUGGCUGUCCAGGCAAUGGGAAAACUAACGAAGAAGAAGAAACCCCUCUUUAAGUUGUAACCAAAAGCAGCCGUUCCUACAGUGACAUCGGGAAGAAGGGAUUGCGGGAGGGGCAGGACUCCUCCGACAGCCCUGGGCGAAGGGCAGGACCCGGGGCUCGCCUUAGGGAAGGGAGGAGCAAGGGAUGCUGCGACGCCUGUCCGAGGGCUGUCCUCUUGCAGCUCAAAUCUGAAGUGAAGAAUCCCUCUUUUGAAGCAGCUGGUGGUUGGAAAAAGGACCUGGCAUCGGGGGGGAAAGCCAACCGUGCUUCCUCCUGCAGCCCAGCGCUCUGCCCUUCGCCCGCUGUCCUUUAGCCGGGAGGAGUCAUGGCCUUAUUCCAACGAGCACAAUUAACCCUCGAUGUUCAUAGCACAAAAGGGUGCUGCCGUUGUUCGCCAUCGUCGUCGUCGUUGUAUCUCCUGUAGUUUUUCUAGCUGUGGGCGCACCCAGAUAAACCCCAACGUUUUGGCCAGGGUUGGCAGGGAGCAGCGUGGGGCUGAGUUACGGCAACGCGUGGCACUGCAGCUGGGGGCUCUUUGGUGGCUGUCCCAUCACUGCCAGCACAGGGACAGCAUCCGCAGGGUGUUCCCAGGUGCCUGUGGGGGGGGGUGACGUGGUUGGUGUGCUCCGAGAUGCUGGGAUGGCGUGGUCUGUGGGCAGGCAGCUCUGCUGGGCGGCACCUCCAAAGGGAGGGAUUUUGUGUGAGGUGUGGACAGGGCUACGGGGAUGGAGCUGGGAGCACUCUGCUGGAAUGGCUCCCGACGCAUGGGAUGCUCUGCAGCAUCACCAUCCCUGGCGUGGCGGUCAUCUCCUCUUGCUGCUCUCUUUGGACACGCAGAGCUGUGGGGCACCUGGUCCUAUUGCAGCCCUGCUUUGGCUCUCAGGAAACCGCCCUGGGCUGUGGGGGGGCUGCGGGGGGAGGACCUGGAUUUUGGGGAUGGUGGAUGGAAGGAUGCGUCUGAGCAGCCAGCGCUGGAUCCCAGCAUCCCCACGAGCUGCACCCAGGCUGCUGAGCCCUCCCUGGUGCCUAUCUGUGCUGCCUGGGGAGCAGAUCGAUGUGGAGCUGUGUGAGUGAGCAAGGUCAGCUGGGGUCUCCCAGCUCUGAGUUUCUCCCCCUGGCACUGCAGGUUUCCCUGGAUCCAGCAUAAAGCCGAGCACGAGCUCCUUACUUCAGCCCUGCUGGGCUGAGACCACGCGUGGGGGCAUUUCCAACAGUUUUGCAGGCCACGUUCCUGGCUCCUUGCCCGUGAGCCCCUCCAGCCUUGCUUCCCUACCCAUGGGUGGGACGUUCCUCACCGUGUUUCUCUGGUGGGUUGGGACCCUGCCUUUACAGUCCUCCUUCUCAGCCGGUGGCUCUUUCUGGGCAAUUAGCACAGGCUCUUCGUUAGCCAUUUUUUCCAGAGGGGGAAACCAAGCAGCUCACCCUGCUGACGGCCAGGGAAGCACCAGCCCCAGGAUCAGCCGCGCUCCCACCUCUCCUCCAGCCCUCACCAGCCCUCACCAUCCCUCCGCUGCCACACCGACCUCCUCCUCCUCCUGCCCCUACAGGGGGACACAGACAUAUCCCCACUGCGUCACCUCCAAACGGGAGAAGCACAAAACCCAUUCCCCCCCCCCCCAACCAGGCAGACUCUCCCUCCCACCUCUCUUCCUCCCCCUGUCCCCAGUUUCCCCCAUCACUGCCCAGGAGCAGUGACCCACGUCCCUGAGCCUGGGGGCUGGAUCCCCACCGCAGCUCCCAUGGAGUUAGGGAGCGGGGCACCUCGCCAGGUCCCCUCUGCUGCCGUGCUGCGCUGCCCCUCGAGCCCUGGGGGGGGGGGGGGGGAACGCUCUGGUCCCCCCAUCCCUCCCAUUGCCAUUCCCAAACCGGCCGGGGCGGUGUUCACUUCCCACCCCUGCCUUCUUGCAGAGCCAAUAAGAGGCAAAGCCAAUAGGAAGGUAACGAGAAAGCUAUAUUAUAUAUAUAUAUACAUAAAACAUAUGCAGAGAGAGGAGAUGGAAUAAUAACCCACAGAUUCUCUAUUUCUAUUGUAUAUUUAUUCUGUAAAUGUCACUGUAAAUGCUGUUAAAUGACAAAGUGGCCCGUGACCUAUUUUCAUCCCCCGUGCUGUACAGAUCAAUUCUCACUGUAUAUCGGGCAGAUUUUUACCUUUUUAUUUCUCGUGCGUGGUGGGUGGCUGUGUCCC